AUCGGAGAGCUCGACAUUGGUGGGUUCUGUUUCGCCGCUCCGGCUAAAGGUUAGGGUAAAACAAAAAUGGAGCGGUACGGUGGCGCCGGAGAAGAUGAGUCACGGUCGGAUCCAUCACAUGAAUGGUCCGCUCCAGGAACCGAAACCGGUAUCGAAGCUUCGAUGUGGCGGUUAGGGUUGCGAGGCGCUGGAGGUGGAGGUGAAUCGUUCCCGGAGCGACCUGAUGAACCCGAUUGUAUCUAUUUUUUACGAACCGGUGUUUGCGGGUACGGGUCUAGAUGUCGGUUCAAUCACCCACGAAACCGUGCUCCGGUCUUGGGAAGUCUCAGAACAGAAGCUGGAGAGUUCCCUGAGAGAAUGGGACAGCCUGUGUGUCAGCAUUUUAUGCGGACAGGAACAUGUAAAUUUGGUGCUUCUUGUAAGUAUCACCAUCCUAGACAAGGAGGAGGAGGAGGAGGAGAUUCUGUUACUCCUGUCUCACUAAAUUACAUGGGAUUCCCAUUACGCCCGGGGGAGAAAGAAUGCUCCUAUUUCAUGAGAACCGGUCAGUGUAAAUUCGGUUCCACCUGUCGAUAUCACCAUCCCGUCCCUCCUGGUGUGCAAGCUGCAUCGCAGCAGCAACAACAGUUAUCUGCUGGUCCAACUAUGUAUCCAUCGCUUCAGUCUCAAUCCGUUCCUUCAUCGCAGCAAUACGGAGUAGUUCUAGCUAGACCUCAGCUUUUACCAGGCUCCUAUGUUCAAAGCCCUUAUGGUUACGGUCAAAUGGUUAUUCCUCCCGGUAUGGUUCCAUACUCGGGCUGGAACCCUUACCAGGCUUCUGUAAGUGCCAUACCUUCUCCUGGGACUCAACCGUCAAUUGGAACCAGCUCUGUUUAUGGAAUCACGCCAUUAUCUCCUUCAGCGCCUGCCUAUCAAUCCGGUCCAUCUUCUACCGGUGUUACAAAUAAGGAACAAACUUUUCCUCAGCGACCUGAACAACCCGAAUGUCAAUACUUUAUGAGAACCGGAGAUUGUAAAUUCGGAUCCUCUUGCAGAUUCCAUCACCCUAUGGAAGCAGCAUCGCCCGAGGCAAGUACCCUCAGCCACAUUGGCCUCCCACUUCGUCCCGGCGCAGUGCCAUGCACUCACUUUGCGCAACACGGUAUUUGCAAAUUUGGGCCUGCCUGCAAAUUCGACCACUCCUUGGGCUCUUCUUCACUAAGCUACAGCCCAUCCCCUUCUUCGCUCACGGACAUGCCCGCCUCACCUUACACUCUCGGGUCCUCCUCGCUCGGCACAUUAGCUCCAUCAUCAUCAUCAUCCUCAUCUGACCAACGCACUGAGCUUCUCUCUUCCAGCUCUAUUGAACCUAUAACCACAACAACAAGUGGCUCAGAAACUGUGGCUGCUGGAGUCUCUUCUUCUUCUUCUAUGACCAGUGGUGUGAGCCACCCCGAGCCUGCUGAGACCAAUAAAGGUGACUCAGGUAGCAUUGAGGCUAAGACUUCAAGUUAAAGAGACAAAUCUCAAAGGAGAGAUGAGAAUCUCUCUCUAAUCUUCUUAGAUUAUGAUCUCUCAUAUUCUCUCUAUCUCUCUUCUUCUUUUCAUCAAACUUUCAUGAACUCAGGAACAUAAAAAGGAUAUUUUUUG